UUGCAUUCCUGUAUAAAGCAAUGUAGCUGGACUGUGUUUCUAAACAGUUAACAUAGUUACUCCUGUUAUACAUGUAUAAACGAGUGGAAAUGAAAGACUUUAAGUAAAAUGUGACGUUGACUAGUUCUAUGUUUGGAAAGGCAUCUUGGUCAUUGGCUUGGUUUAUCUAUUCUGUUCUAUCUUGUCAUUGUCGUAACCGUUUAAAUGUUUUGUUUUUGAUACAUUACAUCCAUUAGCAAACACAGUGGCAUAUAAAAUUGACGAUACUUAAAAAAAAGAUGUUGGCAAAUAAACCAUUUGAAGGUUAUAAAGAGAAAAUCAGCCGCGUAGUGACUGCGCAAAAGUGCACAGCGAUGAUGAGCUAGAACACUACCCUUUGUUUAUCUUAUAGACGCAGUUUACUGUGCGCCGAUCGAGUACAACUUCACUGAUCUAUAAACGCCUAUGUGCUCUUUCAGUUGACAGCGUUACUUCCUUAUGUUUUGCAACUCGAAUGAAAAUAGGCCCUUAUUUGACAACACGAACAAGACGUUACAAGAGGUAUAGUUGUGUGGCGUAUUAAAUAAUAUAGAUCUCCAGCUCCAGGAUAUGGUAAAAAAAAAUGAGUAUCAGAAAUAAAGAGCUUAAGAUACAUUUUGAACCCGGGCAUGUUGAGAUUGUUCAGGAUGAUGUUUACACGCCAUACCGGCGUGUGCUUGUGACGGGUGCGACUGGGCUACUCGGCCGUGCUGUUUACAAAGAGUUUAAGAAAAAUGACUGGGAUGCUUUGGGGUCUGGGUUCAACCGAGCCCGACCUUGUUUCCUUAAGUGCAAUCUUCUGGAUGAAGAAGCAGUGCGAGGGGUCAUUCAGGGGUUUCAGCCUCAUGUCAUCGUGCACUGUGCUGCUGAGAGGAGGCCAGACGUGGUGGAGCGUCACACUGAAGCAGCCAUGAACUUGAAUGUAAAUGCAUGUACUACACUGGCCAAAGAAGCAGCUGGCAUCUUUCUCAUUUACAUCAGCACAGAUUAUGUUUUUGAUGGCCGUAAUCCUCCUUAUGGAGAAAACGAUGCCCCAAAUCCUUUAAAUUUGUAUGGGAAGUCCAAGCUAGAGGGAGAGAGAGAGAUACUCAGACAUUGCCCAGGUGCAGCUAUACUACGAGUGCCCAUUCUUUAUGGAGAGGUGGAGAAGGUGGAAGAGAGCGCAGUAACUGUUUUGUGGGACCGUGUUCAGGAGGGAGCUGAGAGCUGCACUAUAGAGCACUGUCAACAACGUUUUCCCACCUACACUAGUGAUGUGGCCCGUGUUUGUCGGAACAUGGCUGAAAGAGCCCUUCAGGAUUCAUCGUUGCGUGGAAUCUUCCAUUACUCUGGAAAAGAGCAGAUGACCAAAUAUGAGAUUGCCUGUGCUAUAGCAGAUGCUUUUAACUUGCCUAGCAGUCAUCUAAUACCAAUGACAGAGCAGCCAGCAGGAGCAGGGGCUCAGAGGCCACAAAAUGCCCAGUUAGAGUGCUCACGUCUGGAGCUCCUCGGUCUGAGUGUGGAGCCCAGUCCUUUCAAAACUGCUAUACGGAACAGUCUCUGGCCCUUCCAACAUGACAAACGAUGGAAGCAGACUGUCUUUCACUGAGGAAACAACUAUACCCCACUCUCAUGAUUAAAUAAAGGCCACAUUGUUUAUGCUUAGCUUUUUUAUCUAGCCAUCUUAAUUUAAAUUCCUGAAAACAAAGCAGGGCCACGCUUUUAUUCUGUUCAGCAACUUUGUUUGAUGUUACAGUAUUAUAGCUAAAAGGUAUUCUAGUACCAUUUUGUGUUUUUUGUGAAAAUUGCACUGUGGGUUAAGUCUGUUCUCUCGAACACAUUUGUUUGUUUCCUUUUUUCUGUAUUUCAUUAAGUAUACAUGAAUUUACUUGAAGAGAGAAGUGUGACUGUAUGACACAGUAGUGUGAUAUCCGUGCUAUACACUUUCUGUUUCAUGUGUACAUUUUUUUUUCCAUAAGUCGGGUUUACUUGAGAACAGAAUGCAAUAUGAAUGCACUAUAAAAAAGUAUUGGGAAGUUC